AGUUAUAAGCGUGCGCAACGUAGGCGCCGGUGACAGCGUGAGCAGCGCAACUGAACGACGCUAUAGCGUGCGCGGUGCGCCACGACUGCGACCCGAUCGAAUAUCGCGCGCCGAUCAGCGCCUGUGCCUAAUACUGUUAAUACAUCGUCAAAACUCCACUUCUUGAUAGAUACAAAUAUGUUGGUGGUAAAGUUGGUGCAAAUAUCAGUUUUCGGACUAGCAGUGCUAUGGGAUUCGAAAUGCGAAGCUGCUUCGACCUCCGUGAAACUGUGUGGCCGUGCGCUGGGAGACAUCAUGAGUAGGGUCUGCCACGAGUACAAUAGUCCUCCAUGGGAUGUACCUACAGUUGUAGAGCAACCGGCUGCGGUAGUGCGGCGGAGAAGACGCACCGGAAUCGCAGAUGAGUGUUGUGUUUUCGGCUGCACAUUUGAACAGCUAACUUCUUAUUGUGCUAUUAGUGUUAAAUCUGACUCGUCGCUGGACUCAAUGGAGGCGCACAUGAUCGCGGACCGAUCGGCGGAGACGGAGACGGGAGCGGGCGCUUCACCAGCCUUGGUAGGCAAGGAGUGGGCCAGCGGGGAGACGGGGAGCUCUCGACGCGAGGUGGGCCGCGGCCGCAGUGGCGGGUACGGGCGCGCGAGGGUGCGGGGACGCCGUUGUUGGUGCCGGCGCAAGAGGCGCUCGGGCCGACGACGAUCCUCACUCAUGGGUAACCUGGAGCUCAUAAAAAAUGCCGCUCGCGCUGCGCCCAUACUGGGAACAGUGUCGCCCCUGCUGACUUGGGGUAGAACCCUCAACACUGACUUGCCGUCGCUUGAACGUGAUCGAUAUGCAUACGUUGCAGUCUAUACAUAAAUUAAUCGACAGAAGAUAAAAACAAGUGAAGUAAACAACAUGCAACCAAUAACUUUUGCAUUUGGUGCAGCGACCCAGUGUUCCCUGGGUCAAUGUUUCAAACUUUGAACAAACAAAUAUUUAUUCAAAUAUUAUCGUAUAACUUUUUAGGUUAAAAGAAAAAAUUUAAAUUGUUUGCCUACCAGAUUUAGUAAGUGUAGUUUAUUUGUAACAAGUACCUUCCUAGAAAUGUGUUCAAAAUACCUAGUUUUAAUGUAAUAUAGGUAAACAUAAUGGAGAAUUUUUUGAAACUUACAUCAUUACGGACUUCUAUUCUCAUUUUACGAUUUUUAAUUUUCUUUAUCUUUAUAUUCAUAUAAAACUCCAGCACCUAAUAAUGUCAUACAAAUUCUUUAAUUGGUACCUCAUAUUACGUAUUCUAAAAUAUUUUCACUUCUAAUUUCAAACUGUUAAGAUUAUACAUAUUGUAUUCCAGAUUGUUUAUAAUUUAAUUUUAUAAAAAAAACAGCUUUAAUCAAAAUUGUAACAUUAUCCAAAUGUCCAUAAUAAGAACAGAGCACCAUAGUAGAUACACUAUAAAAUUAUGAAUAUUUUAUUUUCUAAGUUUUGUAUAACUAAUCACCUAACACAUAAGAUUUAAAGAUCUCUAAAGAAUCUGUGAUAAUUCCAAUUAAAAAUUAUUCAUUAACUUAUAAACUCUAGAUUUAUGCACUUAGUUUUGUAUUUUCUUGCCGUGUUUGCAAUGUAUGAGUGUUUUGGGAUUUAGAUGUAUUAUAAAUUUUAAGAUAAGUAGAACAAAAGUGACUGAUUAAAUGGAUACUGUUAGUCUAAAA